AUGGGGCCACGAUUCAUGUUCACAAACCCAGGCUAUUCGUCGCACACUGUAAAGGAAGAAAGUGCGAUCGAUGCUUGUUGCACGGCAGAGCUUUUACACAACGAAGAUAUAACUUCUCUCCCCGUAAAGGAUCUCUGUGACUUCACCUCCAGGGAGCUUGAGAAGCCUCUUCUCUCCAUACAAGACCUAUCCAUGAGCAUGCAGCUAUAUUGGCUUUAUUGUACGCUUGCUAUCAUCAGCCCUCAAACAGCGGAGAAGUUUCACCAGAGUGUUGCCAACACGCUCCAAUCUUGGGUUAGCCCUCACUCUAGCCUUGUGGCUCCACAUAGCGGGUACCAAACGCAUGUACUGAUCAUCUUUGGGGCUACACUAUCAGCAGCAACUGCAAGACACUACAGCCUGAUGAGUAGAGAAGUUGUGCGUUCCUAUCUUAUCAGCUGUUUCAAUAAGACGCUAGGCUGUUUCUGCAGUGACGAUCAGUCUCAAGAGAAUGACAUGCGCGUGGCAUAUACAUGCGUGUCUGUGGGGUACUGCUAUAAUUUACUAGAAGAUAAAGCCCUAUUUGGGGAACCACUCAUUUCGUACUUUUUACAGGCUCAAGCAUACGAUGGGGGAUCAUGCUCAAACAAUUUUGGCGGAGAAUCACAUGGUGCAUACACGUUCUGCAGCCUUGCUGGCCUGUACAUCCUUCUUGGGUGUUCCUCUGCUGCUCUUAGGGAUAGGCUUGGAGAGCGGAGGGUUCUAGACCUCCUUCUAUACAUACACGCCAAGCAAACGAAUCAGGGGGGCUUUGCGGGGCGUAACAACAAACUCGUUGACGGGUGCUACACAUACUGGAUGAUGGGCAGUCUAUACCUUCUAGUAGGGGAUGGGGAGUUCGAAGACUUCAUGGUCAUAGAUGCAGACGCGCUCUAUAAGUAUGUGUUGCGCUGCUCCUAUGAUCGAGGGGCACCAGAUGGAAAGAGGGGCAUGAGGGACAAACCAGGAGUGCCUAGUGACGCGUAUCACAACAUGUACACCACUGCUGGAUACCUAAUACUAUUGAGACUUGCUAGCUUGGACAAGGACAAGACUCGAUAUUCUCCUGAGCUUCUAGCUGAAGUGGAGGCUCAGAAAGAACUAUUUAUGCGGCACGACCCCUUGUUUAACAUCCCGGCAGGAUCUGCAAGCGCCAUGAGAAACUUUUUCUCUCUGCACUAA